AUGGCGUCCACUGAGUUACGCACUUUGAAGCGUGACUUUGAAAGGAUGAAGGAUGAAUUCGCCAAAGUUGUCAGUUCAAAUCGAGCGCUUCACAACAGAGUGCAUGAGUUGGAAGAAAUGGUACGGAGGGAGUCAUCCAAAGUUGAAAGAAAUAACAAGUGUGUGGAGGAUUUGCGCAACACAGUGGCAUCAAUGGAGCAUUAUUUUAAGCUGGAGCUAGAGCAGCUGCGAAAACAAGAUGGGGUGAAAGAAGCUGGGGAAGGACAUGAGGACCUCGAUACUCCUCAUAUGAAUGAAGGAGGAGGUGACAAUGAAUUGUCGCCAUUACAUGACAAUGUCACUCCGCCCACAAAAUCGGCAGCAAUGGCAACACAAGUCCCCAGUGAUGGGAGCCGAACACCUUCCGCAGCCAUGGUCACUCCAGUUCCUGACUUACAAGUGCAUGAAGCAGCGCGCAUGCACAAUCCGAGAAGCGGCCUACCCCCGGAAGAUGUGGACGGUGUGACGAAAUCUGCCAAAGACUUAGUUUUUGUUUUAGAAGAUUGA